AUGAUGCAUGAUGUUGUUGAUGGUCGAUUGGCUGCGAAACUUGUCUCAAAAACUGAUAGCUUUUGGCAAGUUGUUCGAUCUUAUAGUGGAUUGCAGGAACAUUUGGCAGUUGCGAUGGAAAGUGUGAAAGCUGUCAGGUAAGCCUAGAGUUAAUAAAAAUCUUCCCAUGUUACUCUAGAAAAAUUCCCAAAAAUAAUUUUUUUCAGAGGAAAUUUGAAACAAGUGGAUGAAUUAGUAUGCGAUCAAUCUGCGAAAAUUGUCGAAGUUCAUCGAAAAAACGAGCAAAAACGAAAUCUGCUGGCAAAACUUCACGAUAUUUCGUGUCUUCGCGAAGCUCAAUCAACAGUUCAAAUGAUGUUAUCACAAGGAGAUUAUCCAAAAGCAAUUGAUUGUAUUGAAACAAGUCUUGAUAUUUUGUCCAAAGAUUUGAGCGGUGUUACGUGUUUCAGGUGAUUUUUUUGUUAAAAGAUUUGUUCAACCGAUGUUUUUUCAGACAUUUGUCAUCACAACUUCGAGAAUUGUAUGAUGUUAUCGGAAGAAUGAUGAAAGAGGAUCUAGCUUCUCUUAUUCAACGAGAACUUGGAGUCAAACCCGAGGCUGGAACUUUAAUUCAGAACGAGGGAGAAUUAUCGGCAGUUUUCCUGGGAUUGAUGAGAAUGCGAAAAUACUCAUUCAUCAGUUUACUUCGACGAGAGAUUUUGGAAAAUGUUGGAAAUGUUAUGAGUCAAGUGAUCAAACUACAGAUUUUGAAUAGUGGUGUGGAUUUGAGUGGAUUUGACCCGAGUUUGAAGAAAUUGGGUGAUCCGAUUCGACUUAUGAAACAUCAACAAUUUUCGAGAACUGUUCAAGCUGUUAUGGAUGAAUUAUUCGAGUUUUGUAAACGAUUAGAAGCAUUGCAAGAAAUUAUGAUUGAUAUUGCGGAAGAUGUUGGAACUUCGGAAAUUGGGAAUAAUCGGAAUGAAGAGCAGCAAGUUGAUAUUGAUGCGAAAAUUGUUGAUGAAGAUGAUGAUGAUGAAGACGAAGAUUCGGAAGACACUUUUAAUUCCUCUAAUGGGUUAAAUGAAAAAGUGUCGGUGAAUAAUGCAAGUGCAACAUUAUUAUUAUCAAUGGAGGUGAAAUCUGAAACGUUCCUUCUCAAAAUCCUCCCACUGAUUGCUGAAUUUGCCCAUCAGGCUUCGCAAAAACGAAUCUCACGAUUACUAAUUGCUCGAGCAAAGAAUGCAGCACUUACCGAAUCGACGACUCCAACACAGUUGUCUGAAAUUAUCCAACUUGUUAAUAAAUAUCAAGAAAAAUGUGAAAAACAAGGAUGGUAUAAGACUGAAAAUCAGAAAACUGGAGCAUUGGGAAGAGCAAUUAAUAGGUUAUCAAUGGAUUAUAUUGAAAAGUUUCAUUCGUCGAGGAAAAUCAGGAUUGGGAAUAUGUUGGAUACUGAAUUGUGGAAAUCGUGUGAAGUUGGGAAGAAUGAUCAGGAGAUGAUUAAAAUGGCGAUUGAGACGGGGAAAUUGAGGAAUAUUAUGAAUUCAGAGAAGAGUUCUGGUGCUUCUAGUGAUAUUGUGUUCGUUGGAAACGAGGCAUUUAUAAUUGUUGGAUCGGCUGUUACAAUGUUCCAUGUUUUGGCUGAUUAUUGUGAGGCUAUUUGUGAAAUGCCGAGAUUUGCGCAAGAUUGGAAUUCAAGAGUCAUCGAAUUAUUAAAAGUGUUCAAUAGUCGAUGUUGUCAAUUAAUCCUUGGAGCCGGAGCUUUGCAACUUGUUGGUCUCAAAACGAUUUCUGUUCGAAAUCUUGCACUUGCCUCAAGAUCUCUCGAAUUUAUCAUUCGAUUUGUUCCGAUGGUUCAUGAUGAAAUGGAUCGAGUUUUGGGAGAAGAUCGAAAAGGGAUUUUGCGAUAUUUCAAACAAGUUGAAAACGAAUACAAAGAGCAUAUUAAUGAGAUUGUUUUGAAAUUAAUUAGUGUGAUUGAUCAUUAUACGACAAAUUGUUUAAAUCAAUGGGAAGUGAAGGGAACUAUACCAUCUGCCGAAUUCACACAAAUUUGUAAACAUUUAUUGAAGUUUCAUAAUGGAUUGACGGGAAUUAUGCCGAAACCACAAAUUGAGGCGUUGUUUUUGAAGGUUCAUAAUGGAUUCAAGGAGAAUUUGAAAGAACGAUUGAUUGGGUUGGCAAUUACACCGCAUGAUCCAUUGAAGUUUGGGUGAGUUUUUGAGGGGGUUUUGAAAAAAAGUUAUCGGAAAUUUGUUGGGAAAAAUGAUUUUUGGUCCGAAAAUUAACUCAAAAUCACGAAAGUUCAAAUUUUCAGACAAAAUGUUAUGUAGCAAAAAAUUAAAAACUGUUUUCAAAAAGAAGUUGCCCAAGAUUUGAGAUCCUAAUAAUCCUUCAAAUUUUUAACCUAAAAAAUAUCAACCUUCAGGAUUCUGCUCAAGAAAAAAUAUAAUUUUUUGAAAAAUUCGCCACGGAUUUUAGGACCUGAAGCCUCGAAGCCUCCAAGUUUUUUUUAUGAAUCCAAUUUUUUUUUGCAGAUUAGUCACUCAAGACUACAUGUUUUAUCAACAAAACAUGAAAAUGAUGGAAAAUUGUCGAGAUUUGGAAUUGGAAUCACUCAAUGACAUUUUAUUCAAUUGA